GUUUAAGGAUCUCUCCCAGGCCGCCACCAACGCCACCGUCCACGCCGUUUAGAUAAUUGGUUAAUGUUAAAAACCAAAUAUCAGCCCUUCUCUCCAGCUCUAAGACGCCUCCACCCAGCACUCUUCUUUGCAAAACCGCAGUGACCAAGUUUUACGGAGCGGCUGAACUCGGAGAAAUCUUCUUCUUCUUCUCCAGCAAAGCAAAGAUGGGUAUCUCUCGUGAUUCGAUGCACAAGAGGCGUGAAACGGGUGGCAAGAAGAAGGCCUGGAGGAAGAAGCGCAAGUAUGAGCUCGGACGUCAGCCUGCGAACACAAAGAUCUCAAGCAACAAAACCGUCCGACGGGUCCGUGUUAGGGGUGGAAAUGUGAAGUGGAGAGCCCUGAGAUUGGACACUGGGAACUAUUCAUGGGGCAGUGAGGCAGUUACCCGGAAAACUCGUAUCCUAGAUGUGGUUUACAAUGCUUCAAACAAUGAGCUUGUCCGAACUCAAACAUUGGUGAAGAGUGCAAUCGUUCAAGUGGAUGCUGCCCCCUUUAAGCAGUGGUAUCUCCAGCACUAUGGUGUUGACAUCGGUAGGAAGAAGAAGGCAGCAGCUAAGAAGGAAACUACUGAGGAAGCAACUGAAGGUGCAGCUGCUGAAGAGACUGAGAAAAGCAAACAUGUCCUGAGGAAGCUUGAGACCCGCCAGAAGGACCGGAAACUUGAUCCCCACCUUGAAGAGCAAUUUGGUUCAGGCAGGCUUAUGGCAUGCAUUUCCUCUCGUCCAGGUCAAUGCGGCAGAGCUGACGGGUACAUUUUGGAGGGGAAAGAACUGGAGUUUUACAUGAAAAAGCUCCAGAGGAAGAAGGGCAAGGCUGCCGGUGCUUCUGCUUAAAUUCAUAUUUUCUUCAUCCUCUUUUAGUUCUUGAGGUUUUUCAAUGUUAUGUAAGGGAUUUUGAAUACCUUUUCUUGCUUGACAUGUGUUCUU